AUGGCCACCCAUCCUUCAUCGGGAUGGAGGCGUACAGUCGGGCCCCAGUGGUCCUCGGUCAAGCCGCAGGGAGCAACCCCAGGACCCCCGCCAGGCAUGCAGCAGGGAUUCCACAGCUCAUACCUUAACGCGAUAUCCAGACCGGACCUAAACAUUGACCACCAGCAGCAACAGCCCCAACAAAAGCAGCAGCACCAAGUACACUCGACCAACCAUGCCAGUGCCUCGACCGAGCAUGAUCCCCAUGUCAUGUCUGAACAUCAGCGAGCGCUUCUUCAGCACCAAGAAAACCAGCGGCAACAGCAGCUCUACCUGCAGCAAUUACAAUUGAUGCAGCGUCUUCAGGCGAUGCCUGGCAGCACUACCCGGCCGUGGUAUCCGACCUUUGGACCAGCCAUCACCACUUCUUGCAGCGACAGCACCAUCCAACUGGAUAACCCGAACCAGUACACCUUGAUCAACAAUGCUAAACGUAACCGCCAUGCUGUUGGUCCGCACUGGCGAUCUAUUCAGACCUCAACAACCUACUCUCCCACAUCUUCACCCCCAUCUUCCUCACCCCAGAUGCAGACUCGUACCAUCGUACUAUCAUCCCCUCUUUCGACCGCUUCCACGACUAGCGCCUUACACACAUAUCUUUCCGCGACCUAUUCUUCUGCAGCCUCGAUCGACCAUGCACGAGCCACGUCCUUUCACCAGCAGGACCAAGAGAUGAAAACAAUAUCGAACAGCAGACAAGCACUCCAGAGCCCGGUGCAUCAGCAGUACUAUCAGUCUCACUCUUAUCCACACGAUCCACGCCACCAUUUACUACACAACAACCAACCAGGCAACUCAAGGGAAGCCCGAGAUAAUCUACUCUGGGUCAACCGCGCCUCACCCGAAUCUUCACCGAUGACCAGUGUCCCACGGACUGCGAAGCGUAAGGCGACUUGGCAGGACGAAGGAAACGACGACAACGACAACGACAGCGACAGCGGCCAUGACAGCAUUGACGAGAGUCACUCUCAGACAGGACAGGUUGAUUCAACGGCCUAUCCCACCCCGGCCCCCUCUUCCUCAGGGAACACACAGCAAUCUUUCACAAUGCAGAGUUCGGUCCAGCAGUUUGUAUCGUUGUCUGUUACUGCCCAUCCAGUGAUACCAAUUGAUCAAGAUCAAGAGAUGGGUAAUGCGGAGUCGCACCCGAGCGCUGCUAUCGUCUCGUCAGCACCCAGUCGGACGAGCGUAGACACGCUCAGAGUAAACCAAGAAAGCAUGGAUGUUGUCGAGAGCGGAUCUGGUGAUGCUGGAUUCAAGCAGACGAAGCGGACAAAACCGCGAUUAGACCAUUCCGUACAUCAGGGGAUGGCAUCGGCGGUGGAAGAAAGACGACUCCAGAGUGGCGAGCAGGUCAAGAAUAUUCUUCAGGAAUGCUUUUAUAAUGCGGCGACCCCUUAUUUUUCAGCCCAGUAG